UCAAGGGACGCAAGAAUCAACGCGCCGCUAUCCACAAGUAUAUAACUGAAAGGAUGUCAACAAAUGGCGAAUGGCAGUCAUUUAUUGCUGAAGCUUUCAGCAUGCUGGCUGAUGAACGCAUGGCUGAAAAGCUUCAAUUUACCAAGGAUGGGAAGAUUCCGGAUGUCCUUUUGUACGGAACUUCCUAUUAUGAGACGAGCGACGAGGAAUAG